AUGGCCCCUUCAUGGCCCUCGCUUUUCGACAACCAAGUGAUCUCAACGAACGGAAACUGCCCUGCCAUUCUUUUUCAGCUUGCACAAUUGUGCGUACGUGACUUGAAAGUGGAAGAUAUCGCCGACAUGCGUGGAUUAUUGUGGAAUAUGGAGUGGCUACGCUCACGAGACGUGCACUUCUCGCUCGCGACACGACCGAUUUCGUCAAGUUCGUUCUCUGUCGGCGACGAUAAAACUUGCCCUUCUGAAUAUUUCUAUAACCUGUACGCGUUUUCCGGACGCAGUGACCUGCCGCAACAUUCAGGGCGAAACAAGAUGCUGGAGUACUGGGAAAAGAAUGUCAUCCCGGCGAUCGAGACGUACGUAUCGGGGUCAUUCAAGAGCUACGAAAUGGACUACUUUUUCGCCCAGCUACGUGAACCUUUGAGAGAGGGGAAUGCUGCCGCAGCGUUAAAAAUCGCGUUUACAUUGUGUGACGGUCAUGUACCGUCAGGCUGUCACUACCCAGAUCCAGGCACCGAUUGGACAGCUCUGCAAAUCGACGAUGUGGAAGUUGGGGGUCGCUAUGUGAUUGCUUCGGAGAACGUGGAUGUUGCGGAUUGGUCUCGAGAUAUGUUGUGGACUUUGGGCCACUCAGGAACUGUCCGAGUUGUCGCUCCCACCCCCUAG